AUCCUCAUGUCAGGCUACACAGCUUUCUAGCCUACAUUAGGUCAUCACGUUAGAAGCAAAGCUUGUCUACAGUCUGAAUAAAACCCUCCUUCUCCAUGAUGUUGGAGUUCCACAAGGUCUGCCGUUUGUCUAUGGUUGCUACAUGAGCUACAAUACUGUGCACAGUGCCCUGAGAGUGGUGACGCAUCAGAGAAGAGGGAAGCUGUGGUUGUGUGGAGUCUUUUAUUUUGGGCUAUGACAAAAUGGACACCAAAAGAACCAUGUUACGAAUGAACCUUUAGGGUGUAAGUUUCUAUACACAGAGGAAAUGACAAUACCACAGAGACAGAUCAUGAUUCUGUGCACACCAGUAAUAGACCAUUAGAUCAUCGGCAGCACUACCGUGUUUGGCCAUCUUUGACUUCUCUCUGCCUGGUGGCCCAGUGUCUUAACUCAGUGGACGGAAUGAAGAUUGUUUUUGUUCUCCUCACCUGCCUGCUCUCAGGAGUAAACGGAGACGACGAUGAUGAUGAUGAUGAUGAUGAUGAUGACAUCUCAGCAUACAGCGGUGGAACUAUCAGAUUUGACAGAAAGAGUGACAAGUGUGACGUGUGUGACAAGUGUAAAAAUGUAUCAAGGCAUUGCACGAAGACACCUACUGGAAAAUUAGUAACAAUUUUAAUGCAUUCACUAGACCAAAGAAAGUGUGAAUACAUGUGUAAAGGCAAAGAAGUGGCUUUAGAAGUGCUCCCAGUGCCCUCUUCUGGUCACAAUCAGAAACUGCAACGUGCUGUUGGUGGCAGUGUUGACUUCACCUGUGACUUCCCAGAGAAGUCUGAUGGCAGGCACAAGUUUCUCUGCAAGGGAGCAAACAGUUUAACUUGCAGUCAGCUGUACCCAAGUGAUAUCAGUGACAAGUACUCUGUUACUGAUGGAAUAGAGAAAAAUGACUUUAUGGUCACCAUCAAGAACCUUACCAAAGGGGAUGCUGAGGUCUACUGGUGUGCACUAAACGUCACACUCAAAACCCUGACCUACGUCAGCCUUUACCGGACAAUACAGCUUGAUGUUACAUAUUCCGCAUCUUCAACCAGUUCAUCAUCUAGGACAACAUCUAGCCCAGUCUCUAAGGUAGCAACUGCCCCAUCUACAGCAACACCAAACAAUAUUGGUUCUUCUGUGGUUCUCUCUGUCUUCCUGACCCUGGUGAUGGUGGCGCUGUGUGGAAUCGCUCUCUUCUUUUGGGUAAAGUACAGGAAGAGCAGUGGCAGAGACCUGUCCUCAAACCAUGGGGACACUGUUCAACAAGGCAACAAGACAGCAACAGAUCAUGUGUAUGAAGAGAUUCAGGACACCACCAUCUCAGCAUCUGGACCCAACACUAUCUACGCCCUGGCUCAACUACCCACAAACCCCUCCAGUAACCCGACCUACUCGACUGUCCAAUUACCCACAAGCCCUGGGGGUGACCCUACAUACUCAAUGGUGCAGUUACCUGCAGAUCCUUCUGAAGACCCUGGCUUUGCCUCUGUCACAUUCCAGAAGAAUCCCCAAAUUACAACUCUGGCACACAAUGUAAUGAUGGACUCUCCUGUGAUUAUACAACUGUGAGCUGAGCUCCUCAUACGUAAAUAAUUGUUCUGCUAAAAUUUGUUCCAGCUUAUUGCAACUAUUUUCCUUUCACAAUAACACAAAUAA